GAGGCGCCCCUCCUCCAGCCCGCGCCCCUCACCCCCGGGCCCGAGAGAGAUCCCCGGGAUAAAUCCCCUCGGCCUUCCGGGCACGGAGGCCGGCGGGGCUGGAGAGCGGCUGUCUUAAGCUCUAGACGCCGGGAUCUUCCCGGGACCCCCGCGGAGCCCCGGCGCCAGCCCCGCGGAGUGCCCCCGGGGUGGGGGGGAGUCCACUCGCCGCCCCUGGACGCGAGGACCCCGCAGCGUCUGCGGCGGGGACCGGGGCUACCGUGCCGGGACGCGUCCGCCCGGGGGCAUGUCGGCUCGCCACCCACAGGGCUGCAGCCGUCCCCGCGAGGUCAGCUUCAUGCCCAGCUCAGGUCCACUUCAAGUUCAAGGCAAUAGAAAUUGUGAAAAGGGAGCUGAGGAUGAGGAGGUGGCUCCGCAGCUAAAGGCCUGUUGACCCAGAUGGACAGUAACCCAUGUGCCAGGUAGCAUUCUAUACCAACUUUGAAUGCCAACGAAUGUUACUGGGCAGUAAACUCUUCCAAGACCAUACCUUGCUGCUGGCCUAACUUGGACAAGAAGGAAAAUAGAAUUGAGGCCAUGGCAAAAAUGACUAGAACUGGGUCUGCCUCCCCUCCAGAUGGAGGCUGGGGCUGGAUGAUUGUGGCUGGCUGUUUCCUUGUUACCAUCUGCACCCGUGCAGUCACCAGAUGUAUCUCAAUUUUUUUUGUGGAGUUUCAGACGUAUUUUGCUCAGGAUUAUGCACAAACAGCAUGGAUCCAUUCCAUUGUAGAUUGUGUGACAAUGCUUUGUGCUCCACUUGGGAGUGUGGUCAGCAACCACCUGUCCUGUCAGGCGGGAAUCAUGCUGGGCGGCUUACUUGCUUCUACUGGUUUCAUCCUGGCCUCUUUUGCCACCAGCCUGAAGCACCUCUACCUCACUGUGGGAGUUCUUACAGGUCUUGGAUUUGCACUGUGUUACUCCCCAGCCAUUGCCAUGGUGGGCAAGUAUUUCAGCAAGCGGAAAGCCCUGGCCUACGGGAUUGCCAUGUCAGGGAGCGGCAUUGGCACCUUCAUCCUGGCUCCGGUCGUCCAGCUGCUCAUCGAGCAGUUCUCCUGGCGAGGUGCGCUGCUCAUCCUUGGGGGCUUCGUGUUGAAUCUCUGCGUUUGUGGUGCCUUGAUGCGUCCGAUCACCCUGAAGGAGGACCACGCGGGUCCCGAGAACCAGGGGUGUCGGCGUCAGAGAGCAGACGGCGCGCGGACGCCUUGCUACGCGCCCCUGGCCGAGGAGCGGGCGCAGCGGGGCCUCCGCCGCGCCCUGCAGCGCGAGUACCGCUUCCUGCAGGAGCCCGACUUCGCGGUCCUGGCCGUCUCCGUUCUGUUCAUGGCUUACGGCUGCAGCCCACUCUUUGUCUACUUGGUGCCUUACGCCCUGAGUGUCGGCGUGAGUCACCAGCAAGCUGCUUUCCUCAUGUCCACGCUUGGGGUGAUCGACAUUGUUGGCAAUAUCACGUUUGGAUGGCUAACCGACAGAAGGUGUCUGAAGAGGUACCGGUCUGUUUGCUACCUCUGUGCUGUGGGACUCGAUGGGCUGUGCUAUCUCUGCCUCCCCAUGCUUCGGACUCUUCCCCUUCUUGUGCCUUUCUCUUGUACUUUUGGCUACUUUGAUGGAGCCUAUGUGACCUUGAUCCCAGUGGUGACUGCGGAAAUAGUGGGGACCACCUCUUUGUCAUCAGCCCUUGGCGUGGUUUACUUCCUUCACGCUGUGCCAUACUUGGUGAGCCCACCCAUUGCAGGGUGGCUGGUGGACACGACCGGCAGCUACACCGCAGCAUUCCUUCUGUGUGGAUUUUCUAUGAUAUUUAGUUCCCUGCUGCUUGGCUUUGCUAGGUUUGUAAAGAGGAUGAGAAGAACCCAGCUGCAGUUUCUUGCCAAAGAAUCCGAUCCUAAGCCACAGCUAUGGACCAAUGGAUUGGUGGCCUACUCUGUAGCAAGAGAAUUAGAUCAGAAAGAUGGGGAACCUGUGGCUACAGCCGUGCCUGGCCGCAACUUCACAUGACCAGUAGCCUGGAGCCUGGCAAUCUUCAGGACUGACGGAAUUGAGGUGACCAUAUGGUUCACAUUUUUGAAGUAUUUUAUUUUGGCAGAAGUAUUUCCUUCCAAGAAAAUUAUUAGUACUAUUUUGUAAGCAUAUUUGUAAAGGGGAAGUAACCAAAAAAAGAAAAAUGAAGAAAGCUAGAGAAGCCUUGAGUUUGGGAUCUGUACUCACCAUUGCGCUUACAUCAACUGUGAAGGACGGAUACCGGUGAUAUGAGUACGUGUAUUUAGGGGUGACUUCGGGCGUAACCAGAGCAGAGGACACUCAGCAGUAGGUUGGUCAUCCCAGAGUCUCUAUCCCUCCGUCUUCCCUCCUCAGUUAGAAGUGGAACAGAAACACUGUCACGUAGGCUUGGCUACCUGUGCUGUUUGCAGAAGAGGGUCACCCUUGCUGUGCUGGUGGGGAGUGAAGAAACCAAGACUGCUUCAUGGCUGAAUUUCCAGCAUAUUUUUAAAUAUACCAAUUAAGAAACAUUUGAGAAUAUUUAAAUGGAAAUGAUUUCAAUAGAAAGAGAUUGUCUUUUACUUCCCCCUUAAUCUUUCAGCUGGCCCUUGUCUCUGCCAAUGAGUAGGUAUCAUUUUGAGAGUCCAAACAAUUAUGAGAUGCUAUGGUUGGAAUGGAUUUUAAAAGGUAGCUGGUAGGAUCUUCUAUUUGAGCCCAUCCUAUUGAAACAGCUAUUGUGCUAAGACUGUGUUUCUACCACUCAUGUGUAUCUACCACGUACUUACUGUCAGUUUGACAGAACACAUUCAGUCAUAGAGCAACCUCUCCAUUUUCUGUGAAAUCCCAACACAUCCCAUUUUUGCUUUUUCAGGAAAAAAAAAAGGUUUAAUUUGAACUGCAGACACAUUCCUAUUA